GUGACAGGGCCCAGGCUGUCGCCGGGAGCACGGAGCGUAAUGAAAUGAACGGGGACGGCUGCGGCAUUGCUGACUGGUUGGCAGAAGGAGGUUGUGCUGUGUUCGGGCGGAGGCUGGCGCGGGGCGAAUGCGCCGUUCUCCCGUGUCCUUGCCAAAAAGAUGACGAUGUUUUACAGUUCCAAAGAAUAUAUACAGAUGCUGGAGUGUGUGCCGGCACCGAGAACAAGCUGAGUUCCCUCUCUGACCUGGAGCAGCAGUACCGGGCCCUGCGCAAGUACUAUGAGAACUGCGAGGUAGUUAUGGGCAACCUGGAAAUCACCAGCAUUGAGCACAACCGAGACCUCUCCUUCCUGCGGUCUAUCCGAGAAGUCACAGGCUACGUUUUGGUGGCUUUGAAUCAGUUUGAAUACCUGCCACUGGAGAACCUGCGCAUCGUUCGUGGGACGAAACUCUACGAAGAGCGAUAUGCUUUGGCGAUAUUUCUUAACUACAGAAAGGACGGGAACUUCGGACUCAGGGAACUUGGCUUGAAGAACUUGACGG